UCUUCUCCCUCCCCCAGAUCCUCUCCCAGCAGUCCGCCCGCAAGCUCAGCUCCUCCUCUUAGCCCACCGGCCGCAUGCUCCUCCUAGUCUCGUGCUGCUCCACGAGUUAAGGACCAAUUCAUACACAACGCUACUAGUUAUCCAAAAACCAGCCCACCAGAUCUCCAACCUCUGCGGACAACCAGAUACCCCCAGGGCAUGCAUCUAACACAGACCCUGGUCAGGUGAUGCAGCUCGAUCGAGCCGGUAGUUAGGUUCUAGCUACAUGCAUGCAUAUCCACAAGAGAUAUACCGGCUAAUCCAAGAUCAAAAUGACGCCGAACACUGCCACCGCUCCCUACUUCUAGGGACGGGAGACCAGCCGAGGGGAGGAGAUACUAGUUGCAUAUACUUAGAUUCCAUCCUGGCUGCUAUUUUUGGAGCAACACUUCCGCGCCCUUCUUCCUCCACCGCUAACACAUCCGCACCCCCAUCUUCGCGGCAUGAGCAAUCCAACUAUCCAUAGAUGUGCCACCUAUAUAUCUCAUCCUUUUCUCGAUGAACAACAUCGACAUACAGUGGAUAGCAAAUAGUGUGCUGCUGACGCCCAUCGCCGCUUCGUUCACGCCAUCAUGAAUAUGGACUGCUUCGCCGAGGCUGAAGGGAAGAGGUCACAUGACCCGUUGUACUGCAACCCGCACUCGCGGCCGGCUACCGGCUUCCCAGUCGACAACAUCCCCGUGCCGGUCGUCAUCGUUGGUGCAGGGCCGGCAGGGCUGGGGAUGGCCGCGCUGCUCGGCGAGGCUGGAGUUCCAUACAAGCUGCUCGAGCGAUGUAGCUGCAUCGGCUCACUAUGGAGGCAUCGCACGUACAACAGGUUAUGUUUGCAUCUCCCCAAACAAUUCUGUGAGCUUCCACUCAUGUCUUUCCCAAAAAGCUUCCCCACGUACCCAACAAGGGACCAGUUUCUGGAGUACCUGGAGUCCUAUGCAAGGAGGUUCAACAUUGAACCACAGUUCCGGCAGGCAGUCGUCAGCGCCGAAUUCAAUGGUGACUCUUGGUGGAUUCGUACAAAGGAGGUCACCUCACUACCAAUCGGCGGCGAGCAGGCCUCACUCAGUGGCAAAACAACUUUGUACCGCUGUAAGUGGCUUGUAGUUGCCACCGGAGAGAAUGCCGAGCCAGCGGCGCCAGAGAUCGAGGGCACCGGAAGGUUUAAGGGGCAGCUCAUGCACUCGUGCGAGUACCGUAGCGGUCAAGGGUAUGCUGGAAAACGAGUGCUUGUCGUCGGGUGUGGAAAUUCUGGGAUGGAAGUGUCGUUGGACCUCGCGAAUCACAAUGCACUGACUUCCAUGGUUGUCCGUGGCACUAUGCAUGUCCUACCUAGAGAGAUGCUAGGGCGCUCCACUUUUGGGAUCUCUAUGUGGCUUCUCAGAUGGUUCCAUGUACAGACCGUGGAUCGGUUCCUCCUUAUGAUGGCAUACUUUAUUAUGGGUGACACUAGUCACAUUGGUAUUACUCGGCCUAGCCUUGGCCCAAUGGAGCUCAAGAGCGUUUCUGGUAAAACACCAGUUCUCGAUGUUGGAACCAUAGCGAAGAUUAAGUCUGGAAUUAUUCAGGUUUUUCCUGCUGUGCGGUGCUUUCAUGAGCAUGAUGUGGAGUUUAUCGACGGAAGAAACGAGAAUUUUGAUGUUGUUAUUCUUGCCACAGGUUACAAAAGCAAUGUACCUUACUGGUUGAAGGAGAAAGCUUUUUUCUCGGAGAACGAUGGCUUUCCAAGGAAGUCAAAAGAGUGGAAAGGGAAAAAUGGUCUCUAUGCUGUUGGUUUCUCGAGAGGCGGACUUUUAGCGGUGUAUAAAGAUGCCACCAAGAUCUCAGAUGAUAUUGUGCAACAAUGGCGUAAUAUGUGUAUGGAAGAUGUGAGGGAAAGUUCGUCCAAUCAGAGAACCCCAUGCCCUAUUUGAUCAAUUUAUUUCAAGACAACAAUUUAUUUCAAGACAGCAUACUAGUCUAGUCUGGCAUAUAUUGUCUAAUAUGUAAGCAGACAAUGGUUAGGAUUAUCUAUCAAUACAGAGGCAUACAUAUAUCUAGAUCAGGCUAGCAUGCUUCAAAGUGUAUAUAUAUAACUAGUUCAAGCUAGACAAUGGUUUAUUUUUUGUAGGGUUUUUAUUA